UAUUUCAUCAGUGCAGCUGCUGCUUCUGUGGAAAGACAGGAGGAAGUAAAGGCAAUCAGAGAGAGAAGAGACAGCCCCCAUUUCCCAUUGCUCAUUAGACUGGAGGAGCAAUAACGAAGGUGCUAAAGGGACUUUUUCCCAAGGUGCUAUCGUGCACCAUGGGCUCCAGCAUGGAGAACUCCCACACGCACCUUACACACCCUUGGGUUGACUUCAUGCCUGGAACCUGUAAAACUGCUGCUGUUCAAAAGGUAUAUAACCUGUCCUCCAAACACCUUCCCAAUUGAGCUGAGAGGAUCUGGUGGAGAUGAAGACUACUCCUGUUAUCUUGCUGGUUGCUGUCCUGUGUGUGGAGCAAGGUUAUCCAUUUAUGUGCUAUGUGUGCCAAGAACAGGAGUCCAACAAGGACUGUUUAACCAUUUCCAUGUGUGCAAAGGAAGACAAAUAUUGUGUGACUGUCCGUGACAAAGUUGGAACAAACUCUGACAAGCCUAAGUAUGUCAUCUCUAAGAUGUGCUCUCCAACGUGUCCAGAAACAAGUCAGCAACAAACCCAAGCCCACCGGAAUGUUUCAUGCUGUGAGAAACCAUUGUGCAAUGUGAAUGGAGGCAGCAGCAAGCAAGGCAGCUAUGCAGCGACGUUCCUGGGUGUCCUAGCUAGUAUCACUUACAUUUUUGCCUGUGGACAGUGAUGGCUUAGGAAAAGCACCCUGUGUUGGCAUUAUUGUCUAAAAUAAAAUUGUGUUACACCGGGAUAAUUACUGCUCUAAGAGCUCAUGACUUGCAGAUGAGCUUCGCCUGGGAUUUUCAAGAAUCUCAGUAAGUUAGAUGCUGAACUCCCAUUGAUUUCCUAAUCCUCCUUGAACCUGAAGUGUCUUCAGACAGUCAUGUCAUCUAAGAAAACACAUCUAAGAAAGACCCUUUUGACAUGUUCAGGCUUCAAAUAGUUACAGCUCUGAAGAUAAUCUUGAAGACACACUUUUUUCUCUUUGAGUUUUUGAACACCAUGCGGAAUAGCAAUCCACCCUGCCAGAAAUACAGGUAAUAGUUCAAUAGUUAUGUCAGCACAGUGGAGAAGUUCAGUACCUUCUUCAGGUCACAAUAUGUUGGUUAACAAACAUCAGUUCAUAAACAAGAAAGAAGAGAUAAAUCUUAUUUCUGGCAAUUUCUGGAAAUUCCUCCAGCCUCAGUCGGCAACAAUUUCUGGUUCCCAUGGCUAUUUGCACUUGGAAGGGUAUCUAUCAUGAGCAUUCUUCAUCUCCCAGCUCUGAUGUGCCAAAUGAGUUUGGAGAAAAGGCAAAGAGGAACAAAUGAGACCUAGAGAGGAGAUGCAAUGUCUGGUAGUGGGGAGAUGGAAGGGAGAAAGAAACGGUUUGGCAUACACAGACCUGGUCCAGCUGGAAAAGAAAAUGUCUCCAUAUCUAUUUCCCUUUUUUUUUCUUUCAGGGCCAACUCAACCCAACUGCUAUUG